AUGUUCCAGUAAUGUGAAUGAUUCUUUCUUGAACACACCUAAUUUAUCCUAUAAAAUAUUUAGAGCCGAUCGUAAAGACGGUCACCGUGGAGGAGGAGUUUGUACAAUUGUAAAGUCUAAUAUUCUGAGCGACAUUGUUGUUUCCGAGUCAGAUCCAAAAUCCUAUGAAAUUUUAGUUGUCGAUCUGAAUAUUGAUGUAUUUCCCCUUCGUCUAAUCAAUAUCUAUAGACCACCUUCGUGUACGCAUAAAAAUACAAUUAAAUUAUUAAAUAAACUCGCCGAUCUGGCAAAUCAUCCAGGUAAAGUAGUGGUAGUUGGAGAUUUUACAUAAGUGGAAUUGAUUGGAGUAAGGAAGAGCCAGAUGCAAAAACACGUCUGGGAACUCUACUUUUAGAAUUCUGUAAUGUUCAUAGAUUAAAGCAAUAUGUCACAUCAGCAACCAGAAAGAAUAAUAUACUUGAUGUAGUCUUCUCAAAUAUCAUUAUAAGAAAUCUCAAUGUUUCCCCACCGUUAGGGCAAAGUGACCACUGCAAGCUAGAAUUCCGUAUAGACCUCUUUCAAAAAUUGAUAGUUCAACAAAGUGAGAUAUAUGAUUUCAAAAAUGCCGAAUGGCCCCUAAUUACUGAAUAUUUGAAUAAAAUUGAUUGGGCAAGCGUAAUAAUCCCCCACUUCUCAGUAGACGAAAUGUAUGAAAUACUUCUAAGCCAUAUACGCUUUUGCUUCCAACAUCACGUAAAGAAAAUAUCAGUCAUCACAAACUCAGAAACCCUUCCCCACUAUUUAAGAUCGUUCAAAGAUACAGUAGAACAUUGUUUUGAAAAAGCGAGAACAAGUCGAAAAACCUCCGACUACCUCGAAUAUAUAAAAUUAACAAGACGAUUUAGGAAAAAACUGAAAAAAUUCACUAGUAAUUCAGAGUACAAAAGAUUAGCUACAAAGGGCAACAGCAAAUUUUCCAAACAUGCAAAAACUGUGUUGAAGCCGAAAAUGGCUGGGAUACCGACACUACGUGAUAGUUCUGGAAAAUUAAUAAGCUCUGAAAAAGAAAAAUCAGAUCAUUUGGCUUCCUCUUUCGAAUCCCAGUACACAAACAUAAGAAAAACUAACUUACAACUUCUUAAUAGCUAUAAAUCCGAACAGCCAUUCCUGUGGGUGACUGAUAUGGAAGUAAUGAAAAAAUUAAGAAAAAGUAAAAACUCGUGCUCUCUUACGUCAGACAAUGUUCCUUUCACGUUCAUAAAAUUGCUAGGCCCGUAUAUCAGUAGUAUCCUAGCUCAAAUAUUCAAUAUCAGCAUGAUAAGAGGUGAAAUUCCAAAAGCAUGGUCAGAAUCUAUAGUCAUACCGCUACCAAAAUCUAGCAAGCCAAAAGAUGCUCUUGACUUUCGCCCUAUUAGUAUCACGUCCAACAUAUGCCGCGUCUAUGAAAGAUGCAUACUUACUAAACUAGAAUCUUUCCUGAGUGAUACUAAGUUUUGGAACAACAAUCAACACGGUUUUCGCCCUAUUAAAUCAACUAUCACAAAUAUGCUGGAAUGCAUGAAUAACUGGACCAAAAACAUAGAUGAAGGAGCACAAACUGACGUUAUAUAUCUAGAUUUCUCAAAAGCUUUUGAUAAAGUAUCGCAUGACAUCCUUCUAGAUAAGUUGACUUCAAUUAAAAUCAACAAACAUCUGAUACGUUGGCUCGAUAGGUUCUUGACUAAUAGAUCGUUUAAAGUAAAAGUGGGAAACACACUUUCAGUACCUAAAAAAGCAGUGUGUGGGGUUCCACAAGGAUCUGUUCUUUCACCGGUACUUUUCGGCAUAUUUGUCAAUGAAAUAUCCGCAAAUUUGCCUGUAGGAGUAUACUGUAAACAAUUCGCAGAUGAUAUAAAAUUAUAUGCAGCCACUCCAAAGAGUCAAUCUCAAAAUUCUCUCCAAUCAGCAAUUGACGUAGUUACCGAUUGGGCACUCAAUAAUAAACUCCUUUUAAAUCCCUCAAAAACUUUUCAUUUAACCCUAGGAAAAUGCAAUACAAAUUAUACCUAUUUUUUGAAUGGACUCCCUAUAAAAAAAGAAGUAUCAACAAGGGACCUAGGAUUCCUAGUGUCUGAAAAACUCGAUUUUACGGACCACUGGAAAAAGACUAUCAAUCUCACAAAAUACCAACUAUUCCAAAUCUUCAACACUUACUCUAGUAAAAGCGUAAAGCUUAUGACAUUACUCUAUAAAACUUUCAUAAGGCCUAGACUAGAAUAUGGCACAGUAAUCACUAGUCCAAUUAAGAAAAACGACUCAAAAGCUAUAGAAUCAGUACAAAACGCGUUUACGAGAAGGCUUUACAGUAGAAUGAAGGGUAGAUACAUCAGACCAGAUGACAAAGAUUACAAAUCGGCCUCGGAAAGAAAUGAAUUAUUUAAGCUCUCAACGUUAGAAAAUAGAAGAUUAGCAAUUGAUAAAAAACUCAUAUCCCACAUGAUGACUGGGAAAAUAGGUCUUGAAACGUCUGAAUUUUUCAACUUUACUGAAAAUACACGUACACGUUCGAAAUACAAAUUCUCUUGGGGCAAGUGCAAAACUAGAAUUAGGCGACAUUUUGUUAUUAAUCGUACCUUAAGUACGCAACUAAACAAUUUUUGA